ACAUGUUGUAAAAGCGCCCCCCACCAUCAAAAGAUCAGAUCACGUGUCUCCUCUUUGAACAUCACUUUUUCUCUCUGGACUAAUGAUUUAUGAACAAUCUCCAUUUGGUUGGAAUCGGAACUUCUCACCCCCCCGCGCGCUCAGGAGGGAGUGACUUGGUCCACGCGCGUCCAAUUACACAGCAGCAGCUUCUUCACUUAAAGUGUCUCGGAGCUUUAGAGGCGCGCGGGCUCGUGUGGACGCGGUCACGACGUGAAGAUGCUCCAGAGCAGACCUGCUCAGCUCCGGAGGAUCGCAGCCGCGCGUGGAUGAGGAGGCGGGAGGGGGACAGGUGGAGGAGUUGGAUCUGAUCAGCUGUUGCUGCGCCUUCGGGACGUUUGACCUCAGCGGACCAUGACAGAAGGUCGGACACACCUGUACCUGUCCUGAUGUGAAGGGGAGGAGCCUGUGCCGAGGAGGAGGAGCCACACCGCUGCUCUGUGAGACACGGACCCCUUCUUUCUGCUUCACGCGCGGAGCCGCUCGGGCUUCAACCUACGGACACGCGGCUGACGUGACCUCGCGACCAUCAUGCUGAUGAUGAUGGAGAGCGGCGGCAUGCACGCGCGUCCGGUCCACUCUGGAUAUGAGCCUCUCGGACGCUCGUGCGCCUGGCCGCUGCCGUGCACGGAGGAUUUCCCCUGCGCGGCGGAGGCGCGUGGCGGGGGUCCGGCGUCUGUCAAAGUGGAGCGCUACGACGUUCCCGCGUGCCGGGCGGAGAGCAACGGCGGCGCGCCGGCGGACAUCAAGCACCCCGCGGGCGCGCCGGCCCCGGAGGUGGCGGCCCCCGCCCGCGUGUCCGGAGCCGCGCUGGACGUGACGGGACAGCUGCGCAAAGCCAAGUCCUCGCGGCGGAACGCGUGGGGGAACCUAUCGUACGCGGACCUGAUCACGCGUGCCAUCGAGAGCGCGCCGGAGAAGAGGCUGACCCUGUCCCAGAUCUACGACUGGAUGGUCCGCUUUGUGCCGUACUUCAAGGAUAAAGGAGACAGCAACAGCUCCGCCGGGUGGAAGAAUUCAAUCAGACACAACCUGUCCCUGCACAGCCGCUUCAUCCGGGUGCAAAACGAGGGUACGGGCAAGAGCUCCUGGUGGAUGCUCAACCCAGAAGGAGGAAAGAUGGGAAAGGGACCCAGGCGACGUGCAGCCUGCAUUGACGGCGGGACACGCUGUCUUAAAGCCAAGGGCCGGAUCAGCCGGAAGAGAGUAGCUGCCAUCGGUCCUGGAUCAGGACAGUUACAGGGUUCCGGUCCAGCUCUGCAAGGAUCUCCAGAGCAUGGGAGUCCAGCGGGGAAAGGCGGUUCAGGCAUGGGUAGUGAGGAAUACGACACCUGGACCGAUAUCCAUUCCCGGACAUCAUCCUCUGCCUCCACACUGAGUGGCUGCUUGUCUCCAAUUCUUGCAGAGGCAGAGGCUGAUGAACCCGAGGAGGAGGGCUUUUCCUGCUCAACCUCUCCUCAGCUUUACCCCAGUCCCACCAGCACCCGCUCGCCUGCCCUGGGAACUGGGGGCCACUGCCCCACUGUGGAACUGCCUCAACUAACUGACCUGACUGGAGCUAUUAGCCUAAAUGAGAGUGGCUACCCCCAGCAAGCGCAAAUCAAAUGCAAUGGUUAUUCUUAUGUGCCUGCACCAAAGUCUGAGGGGUCUUACUGCGGGCCCAUGUACGGACAAUCUUCCAUGGGCAUGUUGCGGCACCACACUCCCAUGGAGACCAUCCAGGAAAACAAGCCAGUCAGCUUCCAGCGCCCAGUGAGGGGGUACUCGGAGAACAACGCCCUGCAGAGUCUGCUCACAGGAGGUCCUUCAUACUGCAGCAAAAAUGAACUCCUGGGCCAGGAACGGGAAACACAAGCUCUCUUGACACAAGGAAGCGGCGUUCACGGCCAGCACAAUCAGAACCGCAGCCAAGAGCACUCUCACAACCCCAGUUUACACAACGGCCGCGGCUCAGUCCACGACCAGAACACGACGCACCAUCAGAACCACAUUCAGGGUCAUAAACACCAAGCCAACCUGGACUACAGCCACAAGCCCCUCGCUGCCAACAGCUACGCUCAGAGGCACGAGCACAAAGUCAAUCUGAGCCAUGAUCACCACUCCAGCCAGAGUCACAUGCACAACACUCCUGUGCACAGCGGGCCCCCCCAGCAGGCACUGUCCCCCCAUAUGAGCACUGAUGUCCUGCAGCCCUACACUCUCAAGACCUCCAACCACUACGGACCACGUCCCCACUUCCCGACAUCCCCCGCCCUACCUCCAAACCCCGCGGGCAUCUUGGAUGUUCCCCAGGAUCCCUGCCGCCUGGCAUCUGCUCCACACCCCCGUCAACAGUCCUACCCCCGAGCUCAUCAUCAAGGUGUGGCUGACUCCUGGCAAGGCUACUAUCAUAACAACCAGCAGGCAGGGAACACGGGAUACCAGGGGCACCAGGCGGGCUCCCACAGUAGGAUGUCUGCCCCCGUGGAGAUGGAGAACGCCUCUCUGGACUGUGACGUCGACUCCAUUCUCCUCAGUGACUUUAUGGACACACAAAGCAUGGACUUCAACUUUGACGGUUCUCUCUCUCAAGGGGUGGGGAUGGGGAUGGGCAUGAGUCUGGGGGCUUUUGCCUGCCCUCCAUCGACCCAAAACAACCAGAGUUGGGUACCAGGGUAAAGUCUGGUCCAAAGGGGUCAGACAGACACAACCUGAGAGCUCGACCUCUGGGCUCAGCUGCUGUGGGCUGAAACUCAAAUGUCAUUUGGUUUCCUGAGGACUUUACACUUCCACAUGGUGGUGAAUAACUUCUACCACUCUGUAAAGCCUUCUCUCUGGGUUUGCUGGAUACGAGCUCCAGGCAAAUACAUUCUCGUCCUUUACUUUUAUUUUGCUUCUUUGUCUCUCUGCUGCCAGACUCAUCCUGUCCGUCCUAAGCUUCCAAGCACUUUACAUCAUCUCCUCACACUAAUGCAGUUACACAGAAACCAGGCAAAGUGACGUGUUGACUUCAGUUUAAUGUAUGCAAUCCACUUUACAGUAUUAUCCCCUCCCACAAAGCAGGACUGGAGAGCAUGAUCAAACAGCUGCAUAAAUAUCUCCAGUGCAGAGAUGCUCUCAGACUGCAGGUUAAAGCUCGAGGACGCUUUGAGGUUUAGGGAUAAAAAAAUGUUUAUUUUUAAGAAAGGAAGCUCAAGUAGGGAUGUAGAAAACAAAGGAUAUUGAGGUUAGGUGUGAUCUCUGGCGUGUCCCGGCCAGUUUGGCCCAUGAGGACAGUGAUCCAUCAAGCAACCAUCUGCACCCCGUCUUGAAACGCACCAUCCUUUCUUUAAUCUCCAAAGUAAUGCCAGAUUGAUGCAUCACCAUUGUAAAUCUAAUGCGCUCCUCUGUUUUUCAGCCCCUCCCCCUUUGUCUCCUCAACUCCCAACGCACCGGCUUAAUGUGUUUUGGUGAAAGUGAUGAUAAAAGUCACUCCGCGCUAAUUCAGGGAGGGAUUGGAAAGGCUGCUUCUGAAAAACGGGGAGCCUGAAUUCAGGGGAGAUGAUAAGAGAAGAGCAGAAAUUACCUCUCCCCCCCUAACAUUAAAGUAAGCAGUGUUUAGAGGCUGCGCUGUACCUCUUUGUUUGGCUUCAGUGUGGCACCCUCACCAGCUGACCUGGGGAGAGCUCAGCUAGCAGCCGCAUUCAGGUCAGGGAGAAUUCAAAGGUUCGUGCCCGCCAUGUGCUGUAACUCCUGAACCGGCCCACUGAGCAACAGCAUCGGCAGAUUACGGUUUGGUGCUAUCUGCUCGUUCCAGGCUCGCUCCUAUCGCGCCCCCCCAUCCCGAGGUUACUCGGAGGGUAAACAAGAGUAAUUAACCGACAAACAAGAUGGAUGAUUUAUGCGAGCGCGUGCGUUUGCUCACUAGCGUGAAGUCAUAACUCCUUCCCCCUGCAAAGCGGCAAAGAGGGUGACGUCUGAGAGGUGGUGCCCGGCGUCUGAGAAGGGGGUGUCCUUCAGGCGUCUGACGAGCAUCCUUUAAACACCCCCAGCCUGCCCAUGGCCUCCCUUUACUGUGGUCUUUUCUCGUGCUUGUCCCGUGCCCGUGCAAGUUGUCCGUCUGAUGAGCUUUUGUGUUUCGUGCUCCUGGUCUGCAGCUGGAAAGCAAACAAACAAACAAACAAAGAAGGGGGUGGGGGGUCGCUAACUGCUUUCCUUCUUUGAGGACAGACAUUUGAGAGUAAAGGGGGAAUAUAGAGGCAAGCUACAUGGGAGGGGGGGGUUAAAGUGUGAGAGGUUUUCCAGCUCGGCAGCUUUCUGUAAAAUUUUCUGUUUCCAUCAGGCCAAAUGUCAAGUGCUGCUCAGCCGGCUCCAGACAGCCACUUCUGGCUCCUGAUCAAACAGGGUGACGGGUAUUUCCACACACAUUUCUAUGGAUCCUUUUCUCUUUUCUCCACGUGUUAAGACGGCCCAUUGUUGCAACCCAACUGUAAUUUGUUCUUUGGCUCAUGUGCACUUUUGCGUCAUGCUUUGGUGGGUGUGCAGCAGCAAACGGAUGUGCGAGAAGGACAUUUUUUUUUUUGGGCCGUGGUACGGUCUGUGUCCGGCUGAGUGCAGCAGAAAUAACAUAUACAAUUUAUAUUUAUUGGUUGGGGAGAAUGGGUCUAUCUAUGAAGAAGCCCUCACUGUUUUGUCCUGACAAAGAGACAGAAUGCUAUUUCAGUCUGACUGCAUUUCAUUCUGUACAUAAUCUAUAUUGAAAAAAUUGUACUAUAAUUUUUUGCAAAUAUCAAUUUCUUUUCUAAAAUGAUGUAUCUGCUCAUCUGGUGACCGUAAAAUAAAACAAAGAGGAAAAUUAA